GUCAUCCCGCCCUACAGAGAGUGCCAUGUUCGACGAAUAUGUCGAGCAUGCCGCUCCAGGCGUCCACGGCCAUAUAGCCGGCUUGGCUUUUCCUGAAGUCCAGUACGAGGGCUUCGAGCCCUCUCCAUUCGCCAACGAGGACGAAACAGCAGAAUACGGGGAGACUUCGGAUGGCCCUCCACUUGACCCAGCUGCGGCGAAAGCACCUGUGUUCGAGCUAGGCCGAGUGCAGUAUACGCUUCCGGCACCCCUGGUCUCGCUGGCCGUUUCCUCCGAUGUGCUGGCCAUGGGGCUUUCUUCAAAUGUCAUCGUCCUGAUUGUACUCGCCCAUUCAGAGCAAGUCGUCAAGAUACCCAUUCCACGGAAACAAACCGAGUUCACGCUCUACAAGCUCUUCCUCGAUCCGUCUGGCCGGCACCUCCUCGUGAGCUCGCUUCAAGGCGAAACAUGGUACCUAUACAGAGGAUGGAAGAAACCCAAACAGCUCAAGCAGCUCAAGAUGAUCAUCGAAAGUGUUGCAUGGAACCGGAGCGCGCUGCUUUCCUCCCCUCACUCGACCUCUACUCGCGAGGUGCUGAUAGGCGCACGGAACGGGUCCGUCUACGAAGCCAUCAUAGACGCGGAAGAGGACUUUUUCAAGCCGCCCGAUAGGCACUGCCAGACGGUGUUCACCCUCCCUGAACGACCGCCCGUCACGGGCAUCAGAUACGAUUACUUUCCUCCGUCGGAUCCUCGGAAGGUCCUCGUGAUCGUGACUUCACCGUCCCGCAUAUAUCAGUUCGUGGGCUCUCCCGACAGGGCUGCGCAAGAAAGUGGUCGCGCUUUCUCUACCUUGUUCGCUAACUAUCGGGACACGGCUCCAAAUAUCAGGGAUCUUCCGAACAACCUUCAAACCUCCGAACUACACUUUUACACUCCCAACGCUGAUCAAGCGCAAUCACUACCCAAAAUGUUAGCAUGGCAGAGCGGUCCGGGAAUGUAUCACGGAACGCUGAACUUCGAGUCAGCAUCCGAUGACUUCAUCGACAACGCCGGGCUCUUCCCUUACCCCGCCUUUGACCAACCAGAGGAAGUGCCGAUUUCGAGUAGCCUUACGGAGUUCCAUUUUCUACUGCUGUACAAAGAUCGCGUCGUCGCAGUCAACAGUUUGGACGAACGGCUUGCAUACGAUGAAACGAUUCCACUGAAACCUACCGAGGAAGUUCGCGGAAUGGCGGCUGACCCUGUUCGGCAGACAUACUGGAUUUACACUGAUCAAUCGUUGUUCGAACUCGUGGCCAGCAACGAAGAUCGGGAUAUAUGGAGCACGUAUCUUGCCAAAGGUAUAUACGAUGUGGCCUUGCAGUACACCAAGACAGCCAAGCAACGAGACAUCGUGUUGUCCCGUCAGGCUCAGCAGUUCUUCGAUGAUGGGCGAUACUUCCAGGCCGCCCAGGCAUAUGCGGCGAGCUCAGUAUCAUUUGAGGAGGUCACCCUCAAGUUCCUCGAUCUUGGAGAGAGGGACGCUCUCCGCUCAUACCUCGUGUCUCGGUUGGAGAGGACCAAGAAGACGGACCUCACGCAACGCAUGAUGCUUGCUACAUGGCUGGUCGAGUUUUACUUAAGCAAGUGCAACGAGCUCGACGAUCUUAUCGCGUCCGAGGCUCUGUCUCAUGACGUUGAUAACCUCCAAGCGGAACGAAGAAUUCUCGAGGACGAUCUGCGGCAUUUCUUUGAAACAUACCAGACAAGCCUCGACAAGAGCACCGUAUACGAGCUUACCCAAGGACAUGGGCGCACGGAUAUGUAUCUGCAUUACGCCGGCGUCGUCGGCGACCUCGACCGCGUUAUAGAGCAUUGGGUGCUCGAAGAGGAGUGGACAAAAGCCAUCGACGUCCUCAGUCGCCAGACCAAUCUCGAGCUGUACUACCGCUUCGCGAACGUUUUGAUGCGCAAUGCUCCCAGAGAAACUGUCGAAUCUUGGUUGCGGCAAUCAUCUUUAGAUCCUCUCCGCCUGGUUCCCGCGCUGCUGCAACAACAGCCACUCCCGAGAGACCCAACGAGCCCAAACCAUGCCAUUCGUUACCUCAACCAUGUCGUAUUUCAGAAAGGCAACACAUCCGCUACUAUUCACAACCUCCUUAUCACCUUUCAUGCCUCCGCCCCUCUACCGUCUUCUUCGACUUCUCCUCCCGCGUCUGAAGACGAUGCUCCACUCCUGCGCUUCCUCUCCACAGCUCCCUCGGAUCCGCUGACCAAUAAACCCUUUUAUGACCUCGACUAUGCCUUGAGGCUAUGCAAGCAGACGGGGCGGACGCAAGCCUGUGUUCACAUAUAUUCGAAGAUGGGGCUGUACGAGAAUAGCGUCGAUCUGGCGCUGGAGAAGGGCGACCUAGAGCUGGCCAAGAUCAACGCGGAUAUGCCGGAAGACGAUGUCCAAUUGAGAAAGAAACUCUGGUUAAAGAUUGCAAAAUAUGUCGUCCAGGACCAAAAAGACAUCAAAUCGGCAAUGCGCUUCCUUCAAAACACGGAUCUGCUGAAGAUCGAAGAUAUACUGCCUUUCUUCCCCGACUUUGCGGUCAUCGACGACUUUAAGGACGAGAUAUGUACAGCGCUCGAAGACUACGCGUCGCAGAUCGAUGCCCUCAAAGGAGAAAUGGACGAGGCCACGCGCAACGCUGACGCCAUUAAGGGCGAUAUCGCUGCACUCCGCAAUCGUUUUGUCACUAUCGAUGCCGGUGAACGCUGCGCGGUGUGCCGAUUCCCGGUUCUCACUAGACAGUUUUACGUCUUCCCGUGCCAGCACUGCUUUCAUGCGGAUUGCCUCAUCGGUCUGGCCAAGGAGUAUCUGCCGGCACAUGCGCUGCGACGUAUUCUAGCCCUACAAGGCGAACUGGUGAAGACUGCGCAGGUCGAUCGGGGCAACAUCACGGGCCCGACAGCCGCUGUGCAGAAUGCCCACGUGCGCCAACCAUCGACGCAGCGUACACUGCUCUCCGCGAAUUUUGGGAACCUCGCCAAUCCAUUACAAAACGGGACACGAGCAGCAAAUUCGUUGGGCCGCAACAUACUGUCGGCGGGCGACCGUCUGCGGGACUUGAUCGUGCCCGACGCCCUCGUGAGCGUCGUGUCCAACCCCUGGAUAGGCAUCACCGGUAGUGGAAGACGGUCGGGGAAGGAUUCGAGCAAAGAGGAGAAGGCGAGCAAACUGAGAGCGGAGUUGGACGACGUGUUGGCGAGCGCCUGCCCGUUGUGCGAGAGCGUGGUGGCUGGACUGGACAAGCCCUUCGUGAAGGAAGGGGAGAUCGAUACGAGUUGGGCAUUAUGA